AUGGAUAUGACGGGCGACACCAUUAAGGUCGUUGUCCCACGACGGCGGCAGAAUGAUUCCAAUGACAGACAACUCUCAGUGGAUCAGGCUUUCCAAUACACUCCCAUGACCAUGCCGAUUCUCCAGCCGAAUGAAUGCGUACCUUUUCCUCAAGUUGCGUGCUCCAAUGAUUCGCGGCUCACUUCUCCUUCCGAACGCCAGGCAGUAUAUCGAAGCGAACUAGACACUCCCGCGACCAGAGAACGUCUGGCGGUCCUGCUUGAUCCUCGCCGCUUAUCUGAGAUCAAGUUUCCUCGAGCCCCAGUCCAGAAUGACAACUCCAUCAGGGCAGAACUGAACUCCAUACCAAAGAUGGUUCUCAAAAUGUCCAAAAUAGAUUAUACAUACAAGUCUUCGACAACUGGAACCCCCCCUGCAGCCCGGAAGAAAACCCUUCAGAUGCCCAUCACUAAACCAGCCUCCAUUAUUAUCGACAUACCGAAGCCGCCCCCGUCCUUCAGAAAAGAGGACUACGUCAAUAUACAAGAUACUCCAAAACGACAGAACGAGCCUCCGCCACCUACCAAGCCCGUUUUAGCAACCACCUCCAAGAAACAGAAGGAUGACCAGCUUUUAGCGAGCUUUGAAAGCCAACUCGGCGAGAUUUUCGAGAUUCGAGAUCAAAUUGACCUCAACAACUCAGCAGAACGACAGGGAUCGCCCAAUGGCAUUUUCGAUCUGCCCGACGAUGAAGACGACACUGAACCCCGACUUGCAAUCCGUUUACAGGAGAAACUUCAAUCGACCUUGAAUCAGCUCCUAACAUCAGGUCGGCUCUGUGAUGUUUCUCCGGAAUAUCUUCAGCGACUUCAAAAAAUAUGUGAGCCGGUGAUAGAACGUGCACAGGCAAUCAACUUGCAAGUACCUCCGGGCGCAUCCGAUGAGGAUACAUCCACUUGGCUGUCGAAGCUUCACACUGCGGAGAGCGGAGCUGCUUCAGCGUGCACUCUAAUCUACACCGUUCUAGGUGCUCCCCAGAAUCAAGACCUUCUCAAUCUGGAAGCACUGCAAUGGUUGCCCAAUGUACUGGUGAACUUAUUUGAGAACUGUUUAAUCCCGAUUGUCGAGGCCCGUCCAGAUGGACAGAACAGUGAACUUUUCAGUUACGCCUCGGCGCACCACGAACCUCUCAAACGGUUGCUAGAUGUUGGACGCAAACUGCUGGAUCUUGUGGCGAGGAUGUGCGUGGAAAUUAAAGGAGCCGGGUCUCUUGUUAAUGCCACUGAGUUCCUAGCAGCAAAGCUCAUUUUUGUCCAGAAUGCCUAUAACGACAAAGCAUCCGCACUUGGGUCUCAAGCGUACGAGCGGUUGAGAAAACAAGCCAUGGCUGCUCUUGCCAGACUCUACGCAGCCUUCCCUAGUGAGCGGCGGGCAAUAUUGGACGAAGUCUUGACGUCCUUAGACAAGCUGCCUUCAAAUAGCAGGAGUGCAAGACAAUAUAAGCUCGCACCUGGCAAGAAUAUCCAACUGGUCUCUGCUCUUUUCAUGCAGCUAGUACAGACCUCGGCUAUGCAAACAGGUAUGAAAAGAAGCCGAAAAUCACGACGAGGACCUAGGAAGGAAUCGCAGGCAUCCGACAGUUCAGACCAGAGUGAGGAUUCAGCCAGUGAUAUGGAGGUUGACUCAGUUUCCACAACACAAGAGAUUGAGAAGAGACCGUUAUCAAGGCUAGGUGAGAUGGCACAGAGUCUGUUCCAUGAUGCAUCAUCGAGUGCCCAUCAAAUUGUCAUGUGGAUGAUUGACAAGGCUUCUAAAGUCACCAAGACUGGCGAUUCGCCUUACCGCAAUAUCCUCGAUCUGUUUGUGGAAGACCUCACUCUGGUGCUUCCCUUACCGGACUGGCCAGCGUCUGAGUUGCUUCUCACAGCGCUGGCUCUUCGAAUGAAAAGCCUUGCCGAAACAGACAAGUCAGCCUCGACGAAGAACAUGGCUCUUGAAUCCUUGGGAGUGAUGGGGUCUGCGAUAUCCCAAAUCCGUGCAUCUGCUCGAAGCUCGCUUUCAGCAUUCACGGGGGAGGGAGAGUCACACACAACCACUAUUGCCCGAGAUCUGUCGGACUCUGUCAAGGAGCGGCCUCAUUUUCUUCUCGAUGCCCACGAACUUGUAUCGGCCAGGGGGCCAUUUUCCAUUGUCUAUUCCUACUUGAGCCAGAGAGGAGGGGAGGGUCUGAGAACCAAAUCUGCACAGGCAUUCUUCCUUGUGAAGUUCGGAGGUCUCAUUUAUCAAGCCUCUACACAGCCACAGGAUAAAGAACGGGACUUUGAACUCGACUCGACACUUGAGAGGACAGUUUCGGCGAUAUUGCAACAGCUAUCCGGAUCAGUCAAAUACAAUGAGAUCGCUAACGAUCACACCAAAGUUACUGAACACGAAGCCCAAUUAGCCUAUAUGCUGAGCAUUCUCAACGGGCGAUUUUGUCGGAUGUUUUUGGAAAUCGCCACAACGCUAAGUUCGUCGAUCGCGAGUGAUCAGGCUCAAGUUCGCACUCGCAGCCUGAAGAGCUUCGUCGCUAUGCUGGAGAUCGAUUCAAGUCUGCUCGAUUGGGGACCGGCUCUGGUGGACAUGGUCUUGAAGUGUGCUUCAGAUGACUCGUCCAUGGUGAGGGAUUCUGCCUUGACACUGAUUGCCAGAUUCAUCAUGCCAAGGCCCGCACUUCAGAAAAAGGCAUUCAUGGUGCUUCUCAAAUGUACUGACGAUCCUAACGUUGGGGUGCAGAAAAGAGCCAUGGCUCAUUUAAAAGAUGUCUAUUUGAAGGAGGGGAGAGCAAAUGUGAAAGAAGCUAUCGCGGUCGAGUUCCUGAAACGGACUGCCCAUCAAGAAACCUCCGUGGCUGAGCUUGCAAAAAAGAUAUUGGCAGAGAUCUGGGUUGAUCCUAAACUGGCAACGCUGAGCUCUGCAGCCGAGUCUGCGCAUCUGGAUGUCGCUAUUGAGGACCUCAAAUCUCACAUUGUCAGAUGUGUUGGAAACGACACGGCGCGGCUGGCACCACUUCUGAAGGAGUUCUUAGUCUGGAAGCUGAAAGACUCCAAACACAUUGACCAGAUCCAGCAUCUCUGCGCCCGUAUUGUCAAGAAACUCCUGGACGCCGCCAAUAGCUCUGAGUCGGGACCGGCAGAGUUGGCGACUCUUGUUGCAUUUGUUGAAGCUCGACCGGAAGCGGUGGUGCCCGCAGAUCUAACCAGUUUGAAGAGCUAUCUCAAAGACUUGGCUAAACAGGAUAACAUCCCAAAGUUCAAAUCAGUUGUGGCCAUAUUUCGUCUGGUUCUGCCACAACUGUCCAGCACUCAAGCUCCACUGCUGCAAGAGGUUCAGAAGGACCUUCUGAGAGCUAGUCCGAAGCUUGUGCAACGCGAAGUGAUUGAGGAGGUGAUGUGGUGCCUCAGAAGCAUCGACGGGGUGCUGCACGAGACCGUCAAGCUUGCUAGGUUCACGAUAUCACUGGUGCGGAAUGUGCUACGCAGCGAAACUUCGCGAGGGACGGCGCCCGCGUCACCAGAGAAGAUGGAGGAGACCAAGAGAAAACGGAUGUGCUUGCGGUUGCUUGGUGUCGCAGGAAAAGUCUUCGACUUGGAACAAUAUCGCGAGGAGUUUCGCAGACUCUUUCCUACAUACAAAGGUGACUCAGUUGCAGGGGUGAUUGCAGACUGCAUUUGGGAACACACUUCUAGAGACUGCCCUAUUGAGAUCCAAGUUAGGGCGCUGGAGUGUCUCGGUCUCGUCUGUCAAGCAUGGCCGGGCCAAUUCAACAAACGGCAUAUUCGAGAAACGUUCUUCCAGGUCCUAGAUGGAACGUCUUUCAGUAAGCUGGACAAAUGUGACGUGGAGAAGAUGCAGAUUACAGUGCUCGAGGUAUUUCAAGAAUUGUACGGGAAGCGGGCGGCUGUCAAAGAGGUGGCGAAGAAGGGCGAGAGCGAUGGUGAGGUGCAGGCUUUGAAAAACAUUGGUGGCGACAGCAAGACCCGCGAGGAUGACAGUGCGAUUGCGACCAUCACCAACCCGCUGGUUGACCACCUCUUGCACAUCAUCACGUCUGAAACUGGUAUGAAAGCACUGCUCGCAGCUCAAACACUGGCCAGCAUCGACCACCAGGGUAUGACGCACCCAAAACAAAGUACGUCGGCGUUUGUGGCUCUGGAGACCAGUACGGAGCCCCAGGUUGCCCGUGUUGCCCGGAUUGCCCAUGAGCACUUGCAUCAACAGCACGAAUCCGUCUGUGAGAGAGAGUAUGUCAACGCCGUGUUCGCCGCCUUUCGAUAUCAGAACGAGGUAAUCAAGAAUCCGCAAGGAGGGUUGGUUCCGGGAUACACGGCCAAACUUGCCACGGCUUUUGCCAUCAUUAGCACCAGUGGCUCAAAGUACGUGAAGAAGUUCAUCAGCAAUCUAAUUUCGAAACUCAACACCGAGUACUCCAAACUGGAUGUGGCAGGGGAUGAGAUUCCCGAACAUCUCUUAUUUGUCCUAUUUGUGACUCAGAACCUGGCAUUCUUUGAGUAUAAGAAGAUGGACGAGCUUCUGCAUACUGUGUUACAGCUAGAGCUGGCAUUUGGUCGAAAUGGUGGCGAAACAGCACAGGCGAUCGAGUCACACCUUGGACCUACCCCCGUCAAGCACGCAGAGACUGAAGGGGCCGAAGUGGUUACCCCCGACCCAGCACCUCUUGUGGAUCCGGCCAUGUUAAGAUCGCUGACGACGGCAGCUUGCGCCAUCACACUGAUCUCCGAGGCGAGGAACUUUCUGAAGAGACAGUACGGGCUGUCGCGAGAUGUCAGGGGAGCGAUGCAACAGAACAAGCAGACCAAGGAAGCUGGAAAGGAACCAGUCAGGGUACAUGGAAUCACUGGGGACAAGUUCUGGCACAACUCCAACGCGGUUCUUGAAUCGCUCAACAGUGCAAGCGCAAUGGUUGCGAGAUGCCGAGAAUUUGUUCAACUUGUGGCUAUCGACGAUGAAGUCAAGAUUGCCGAGGAGGCAGCAAUGGGCGCAAUGAUGGAUGUGACCCCGGACCAACCUCCGAGCGCGCAACGCGGUCGAAAGCGCAAAAGUAUCUCUGGGUCGAUCGGAGGGACGCCAAAGCGAGCUCGAGGGCGACCGCCAAAGAAUGGCCAUGCGCAACGAUCAGCGAGUGUGUCCUCGAUGGAGAAUGGGGACGACGAAGAUUUUUAA